CGCUUGAGCAAGGGGGCUUUUCCACCCCCCGGCUGCAUUUUGCUGGAUUCUCACUGGCUGGGCCCGGCUGCGAAGGAGGGAAGGAGGGAUGAGAUCAUCCCCCUAGUAAGAUAUAAAAGUUUUUUCCCCCGCAGCCGUCUGAGAAGCAGCGGUGUGCCGGCAGAUGCCAAGAGAACCUGCCGGCCGGGCAAGACGGCACCACGGUCCCCUCGCUCGGCAGCGCCUGUCUCCGCUCGCUAGCUUCUGGAGCCCAGUGACUCUGGACGCUUCGCUGCAGAAGAGAAGUCUCUCUCCUCCCUCGAGGGUCCGGCUCUUUCAGCUCCCGGCCACAGCCUCGUCUGGAUCCUGAGCGGUGGUCCCGGAAAGCCCGUGUUGCUGCCUCGGUUUGCUGCCCGCUGAAAGCUGACUCCCCAUUGCUCUGUGGAUGCCAGGAGCCAUGCAAGCCCCGGCGCUGUUCGUGGUGGCGGCCUGCCUCUUGAAGCUCUGCGCCCCCGGCUUGGCGACCAGCAAGGGACACCCCCUGCCCGUCCCACUCAAGGAGGGCCCCUUCUUCCCCCGCCCCGCCGGGAGCCACGCGCCCCCCGGGCACGGAGAGCGGCCGCCGCCGCCCACCGCAGAGCCGUCUUUCGGGGACUACUCGGAGGAGUACGACUACAACCACCCCCCCACCAAGCUGCACACCCCGGGCCCCCCGCGGCUCUCACCCCCGCUCUGCGACUAUGACUUCUGCCAGCACCUCCAGGUGCCCUGCUCGGAGCUGCGGAGGGCCAGCGGGUGCCUGUGCCCCGGCGUCAGCGGCCCCGGCGUGGCCCCCGAGCCCCCGAGCCUGCGGGCCAUCCACACGACCGAGACGGGGGCCAGCGCGCAUUGGUGCGCACCGCUCUCCACGGUGGAAAGCUACCAGCUGCGCUACCGGCCGGCCGGCGGGGACUUCGUCUCCGGCCCGGCCCUGAACAGCACCUUCCGGCUGACGGCGGUCACGGGCUUGUCGCCCGGCCAGGAGUACCUCUUCUGCAUCGUCGCCUCCAACUGGGCCGGGUCCAGCCCCACGGACGACGGGGGGCGGGAGCACGGGCCGUGCCGGGUCGGCCGGACCCCCUCGCGCCAGAUGCCCUACGCCUAUGUCGCCGCCGGGCUGGCGGCCGCCCUUGUGCUGCUGGUCGUGUCCGCCCUGGCCUGGCAUUUCUUGUGCCGCAGGAAGAAGCGCUUCCCCCGGGGGUCCCUGGAUAACAUCCUGGAGACCGAGCCAGGCCUGGAGGGGGCGGCCAACAGCUCUUUCCGGAAUGAGGAGCAGCUGUGAGGGGUCGUCCCAGCUCGCCUUCCUCUCUCCCGGGCUGCUUGCAGCCUUGGCCGGCGCCUGGUUGGACCCCGAGGAAAAAUCGGCAUGCAGGGCUAGAGGAGAGUGACUCAUUUGGGGGGCCGUUGGCAUCCCCCUAGAAGUUGUGAGGGAAAAGAGCACCCCCAUUUGGGGGAUCUGCCACAACUCCAUCAGGUUGUGCAAGCUGGAGACUGGUUCCCUGGAGAACACCAAGCUUGCCCUCCAUGGGGGAAAUGUGGGUGCCAUGCCAGGCCCCGGUUCUGGAUACCUGUGGGCAAGAUCCGCCAGUCCAUGGACCCCAACCUGCCCCUAGGAAAAAGGAAUGGAAUAAACUCACCUUCCUACUAGCAGCUGCACUAGGACAAGUACCUGAUCGAGUCACCACGGACACCAGCAGCCCAUGCGAGAAAAACUCGAUGUAUUUUAGCGCUGCGUCAUGUCAUGUCUGAUCUCCCGAAGAGCCAUUGAAGAGAGGCUGUGGCACAAAUGAUGUUUAUUUAUAUAUUUAUUAGAAGGGUUGCAUUUAAGAGAGUAAUAACACUGAGGUACCGAAGAAGCAAGCUUGGAGAAGAAAGCUGUGGAGAAGGGGCGGAGGGCUAGCCGUGUGACUCGGUUGCAGCGAAAAAAUGGGUACGGACGUUUAUGGACUUGAGCGCACUUUGUCGGAUGGAGGGAUGUCUCCACCCGGAUGAAAAUGCCAGGCUUUAAGAUGUCAACCCUGGGAGGCUGUCUGAUUCCCUGGAUGAGCAGAUUUUGGCCAGCUUGGACUUCCUGUCCUGCCACCUUCCCUCCCUUGAAUCUGUCCUGCCUGAGUUUUUUCCAAAAUCAGAGGCUCUCUUCUCCCCGUUCAAAAAGGGCUGCCCUUCGGAAGCAAGUCCUUCACCGACACACAGAGACACUGGAAAUUAUAUGUAUGCCGUGCGUUUUUUUGAUCUGAGGGUAGGAGCACUGGAUUUUUUCAGUUCCAUUGGAAAGACUCUUGCCCAAAACCUGGAACGCAUCGAUGGAAAGGCCGUUGUCCAUCGUCUGCUGAUGGGGUCACCCCCUGUCCCCUCCCACCUACCCCGGUUAGCAGAAUUUCCAACACUGAUUCCAACAAUCUUGAAGUGUGUCCUUCAUCGGAGGCAACUGGGAAUAAUUCUGGACCAUCCCGGAGGGGCGUGUACCCCAGAACUGCGUAAGGUUGUUAAGUGAACAUCUCCAGAAGAGAAUAAACAGUUAAACUGUAAUCACA